AUGGAUACAAAUAUUUUCCCUAUAGGUUCAGUUGUGCGGUAUGAAUGUCGGCCUGGGUACAUGAAAAUUCCAAUGAAAAAAUAUACUGCAGAGUGCUUGGCUAAUGCAACUUGGUCAAAACCAGAUGAAUUCUGCAAAACUGUAACAUGUCCACCUCCGAAACAUGUAUCAGGUGUUAUAUAUAAUCCACAAAGAGAAGAAUAUACAUACUUGGAGUCUGUAAAGUACCGAUGCAUUGCUGAUAAACUUGAGAUUAUAGGUGAACGUUAUACCUUCUGUACAGAGGAUGGAACCUGGAGCAAUCAUCCUCCAAAAUGCAUAGAUGUCAUCUGCCCCAAUCCUGUGGUGCCAUAUUCAAAUAAGUUGUCAGGAUUUAUUAACCCAUAUAAACUGAAUUAUGCUGUUACAUUUGAGUGUAAAGAAGGUUUUUCAAUGAAAGGAUCUGACACUAUAACGUGCGGCAUUGAUAGUCAGUGGAAACCACAAAUCCCCAGCUGUCUGCGUGUUAACUGCUCAAUUCCUAUGGUGCCUAAUUCAAAGAAGUUGUCAGCAUCUAUGGGUCCAUAUAAACUAAAUGAUAUUGUUAGAUUUGAAUGUGUUAAAGGUUUUGCAAUGCAAGGAUCUGACACUAUAACAUGUGGCGUUGAUAGUCAGUGGAAACCACAAAUACCCAGCUGUCUGCGUGUCAACUGCUCAAUUCCUAUGGUGCCUAAUUCAAAGAAGUUGUCGGCAUCUAUGGGUCCAUAUAAACUAAAUAAUAUUGUUAGAUUUGAAUGUGUUGAAGGUUUUGCAAUGCAAGGAUCUGACACUAUAACAUGCAACAUUGAUAGUCAGUGGAAACCACAAAUACCCAGCUGUCUGCGUGUCAACUGCUCAAUUCCUAUGGUGCCUAAUUCAAAGAAGUUGUCGGCAUCUAUGGGUCCAUAUAAACUAAAUGAUAUUGUUAGAUUUGAAUGUGUUGAAGGUUUUUCAAUUAAAGGAUUUGACACUAUAACAUGCGGCGUUGAUAGUCAGUGGAAACCACAAAUACCCAGCUGUCUGCGAGAAGCCUGUCCAGAACCUAUAGUGCCUCAUGGCAUCAUAAGGAAGCAAGAAAAUGUCUUAAAUGGAACUUCAGGUUCAGAAGGAUAUAGUGUGGGACAAUUGGUUAAAAUAGAAUGUGACCUUCAUUAUGGAUUGAAUGGGCAUAACAUUUUAACUUGUGGAUCAGAUUUACUCUGGUAUCCUAAUAUUCCAGUGUGUCAACCUAAACAUUUCUGCCCUGAACCAAAAGUUUUUCAUGGACAAAUAAUAAAUGGGACACCAGUUUACUUGAGAAAUGGGAUUGAAAAGGGCUAUAAAGUUGGUGAUGUUAUAAAACUAAAAUGUGAUCCCAAGCACCAUUUAAAAGGAAAAAACUCCAUAUUUUGUGGAUCUGAUAUGAAGUGGCAUCCUAGAAUUCCCAUCUGUGAGCAUAGACUUGGGUGCAGUUAUCCAGAAAUAAAAAAUGGGCUGAUUGUUCUUAGGAAUGGAGACACUUAUAAUCCAGAACUAAAUUUCUCUUUUUUCUUGGGUGACACAGUCCAAGUGAAGUGCAAACCAGGUUUUGCAAUGUAUGGAAAUGAAAGAAGUAAAUGUGGUGGCUAUUUUGAAUGGUCACCAGAUCUUCCAAUUUGUGUCCAAGGCAACAAACAAUAAAAAUGUUUUGUUUAUGUAUUCUGAUAAUGAAGAAGCAAAUUAAGAAAACGUAGAUGUCGAUUUUGUAGAUCUCUUCACCUGUCUUAACAUAAAAUUGAUUAUUACUUACAGCUUUCACUUCUAUCAAGCAAAGUCAGUCUUAAUUUGAAAAUAUGAGCUGGAGUUCAAAUAUUGCACUUCUUGAAUUACUGUGAAAUAGUAAACAGAAAAGAAGUAUUAAACCUGCUCUAUGUUUGAAAUAACUGACAUUUAAAAUAUUUAAAUAAAUGAUUUUGUUUUAUAGUU